AUGGCACCCAAGACAGGUCUAUGGGGAGCCGCUCUCUCUAAGCUACGAAAGACGCAACUGCAGCCUGCACGUCAGACUACACGUGAGACAGAGACUCCCCAGGAGCUUCCCCAGGACAAGCUUGUCUAUCCUCGUUUCCAGCGCCCUGUCUCGGACGAGACCCCCAUUUAUUCUGAACUCAUGUUCCCUCCCACUCCACUCCCAACCGUCCCCAUGGCGUCCGAUUCCAACCUUAAUCCUCUGGCAAUGGCUUCUACUAUUUCUCAGGCCCGCCUGAAUGCUCUGCACUCAGGAAAGGACUUGGAGUUUUACUUCCAACGGGGUAAGAACUGUAUUGAUGCUUAUGCCCAGGCCACCAAGGCUCUGAUGGAAGAUGCGUGUGCCCGCGUCAAAGAUGGAGAGGAUCCUCCAUAUGAAGAGAUUGAACAGUUGAAGGAGCGCUUCUUCAGAUACUGCCAGUCAAUUGUCGAGGAAGCAUUGUCCCUGAUCUCAGGCGGUGCUACCAAUCACCCCCGCCAGGUCAGCAACUCGACCAUGCCUUCGAUGGUCUCCUCAAUUUCGACCAAGACUGGAUCUGAGCCAAAGACUCCCUUGGAAUUUGGCUUGUUUGAUGACAGAUCGGGAUUUGCUGAGGCAUUGCUCGAUGCUAGCGGACAGGGCCGCCUUCGUCUCUACACCGUGAGCAGCGACGACUGGGUCAUGGUCCCAUCGAUGCCGUCGCCCACAUCUCCAGCCCAGGUCGUGGCUCCCGAGCACAUGGAUCCUGUUGAGGAAUCGAUUCAUCUCGGUGUCAUCGUGCGCAUUUUCGGCAAGCUGUACGCAAUCUCGAAGAUGGUGGAGACAAUUACCUUGUAUUACGGUGCUGAGCCCGACAACUCCAAGACCGGUCUGACAUACUGGAUCCAACGCAGCGAGGAAAACGUGCGCACCCAGAAGAUGACUGUGCUAAUUGAUACUGUCGAAAACCUCUAUUAUGCCCUCUAUGCCCGCAUUAUGAUUGAGCUGGCCGCCAUUGAGCUCUGUGGUUCCUAUCGAAUUGACACUAGUGCAUUCCGAAUCGAGAUUCCGUAUCUCAUGCCAGAGGCUGAUCAUCUGUACCGCAUCGUUCUAGCGUUCAAGACUGUGCUGAACUCCCCGGAUAUUUGCGCAAUCCGUCGGACUGACGUUAUCGCCCACUUCCAACGAGGAUUUAUCAAUCAGCUUCCGAAAGAAAAGAAAGGUCAGGACGAGUUACCCGACUUUGACCCCCUCGGAUAUCGCAAGUUUGCACUGAAAACUGUCUCUUACCGACACGGAUCUUACUGUGAAAAAUGGAAAGGAUUCAUUCCAUUCUUCGACUCCAUCCCGGCAAAGACCAUGGCAACACUGUCGGAGAAGUAUCUCAAACUGACUCCAGUGGUUAUCCCACCUGACAACAUUCCAUUCGUGGACCUUCCAUGGAUCCACCUAGGGCACGUGGGAAAGGCUGUCUGGGGAAAGGAGGUUCACAACGAUUUCAACUUGUUCCGUGCCACUCAAGAGCUGGGCACAACCAUCGGAGAAGAACGCACCAAGGGGAUCGACCCUGAUCUCUACACCCUUGCCAGAAAACGACAGUGCAUUUGCAGCUCUAUCUGUGGAUGUUCCUGGGAAUGUACCCAAGAUGUGCAGCGCCCCUGCCCUUGUGCGGAACGCCAUGUACGCAUUCUAUUGACCAAGCGUGCUCUUGCAAAAAGAUGGGAGGGACCUGGGUUUGCCAUUACCGCUUCCACCAUUGCUCGCAUGUUCUUUGAUGGUUUGGCUCAGCUCAAACGUGAUGUUGAAGCCACUGAUUUUGCCAAUGAAUUGAGCCAUGCUUUCGAAUUGUUCUCUCUAUUGAUCUCCAGGGAACGCGGGGUGGUUUUCAGGGAAGACUUCCCAGAAAGCUUCUAA